AUGUGCCUUGCUUGUCCGGCUUAUUUGCCGUCGCGGGAUUGGCUAUGCGGAAUAAAGAUCUACAAACCGAACAGCCUUCAAUGUCAGGGCAGCCUGGAGUACACGAUGAAGGCUGUUGGAACGUUGAACAAGGCUGCGGAACUCGGGGAAAGCCAUGUCAUACAAGCCCCUCCGCGAGGCUACGAGAAGGUCGCCGAGGCCGUCUACAACGUCUACCCCAAGAAGCCCGCCGAUACCAUGCCCUCUAAAACCAAGCCAUUUGUAGGGAGAAGGUAUACCGACCUCAACACUCGCUGUAACUGGGUUCGAGAGUCCCAGCAUUCUUUUUACGUUUCCUCUCUGGGUGUCAUUACCACCCCAUCCCAUCUCAACACCAGUAAUAGCAUAUAG